GGUCAAAAGCCAGGAGGGGGCGUGGCAGUCCCUCAGCAGCGCUUCUUUCUCAAUGGGAAGGAAGUCAAGCGGCAGCGGCGGGAGCAAAAGGUACAGGUGAGGAGGAGGACGCAGGUGGCGACUGCGGGACUUGAACUGACGAUGAGCACUGCUCAGAACUAGAAAUACCGAAGGAACUACAUCAUUUUGGAAGAAAUAUUAGGAAUUUAGCAAAUAUGCUGUAUUGCAACAUCUUGCUUCUACGAAGUUUAUCUUUUCUCUUUCAUUCUUGCGUAGAUAAUUCUCAUGGAAUCUCAGGGAAACUGUAACCUGAAGGAUUGCUUUUUACAAAUGUAACAACAGAACAAUGGACAGAUGAUACCAAUUAAACUGCAUUUGGCAGCUGACUAUCAGAACAACAAGCAAGUGUGUAAGCAGUGCCAAGCUGCAAGGAUUUUUAUUACCCUAGCCGCUGGGAAUUAUGUACAGUGUCUCACUUCUCAGAGUGAAUACAGUUAAUACAUAGAUCACAUUAGGAUUUAUAAUCAUGUCUGUUAAUGAGACGGAGAAUGAACUCCCAAGGUUUUUUGUGGGUGGUGAAGAUGGUGAUGAGCUUUUGGACCGAGCAAGAACAGCAGAGUUUAAUGCCUUCUAUGAUCAUGAAGAUGAAGACGAGGAGUAUGAUUCUCCACCAGAAAGACAGAUUGUGGUUGGAAUAUGUUCUAUGGCGAAGAAAUCCAAAUCAAAACCAAUGAAUGAAAUCCUUGAACGGCUUUCCAUGUUUAAGUAUAUCACAGUAGUAAUAUUUGAAGAGGAUGUCAUUUUGAAUGAACCUGUUGAAAACUGGCCUUUAUGUGACUGUCUCAUUUCUUUUCAUUCUAAAGGGUUUCCACUGGACAAAGCAGUAGCAUAUUCAAAACUCAGGAGACCAUUUCUUAUUAAUGACUUGAAUAUGCAGUAUCACAUACAAGACAGGAGAGAAGUUUAUAGUAUUCUUGAAGCUGAAGGUAUUUUACUUCCCCGUUAUGCAGUACUAAACCGUGAUCCAAAUAAUCCCCAAGAAUGCAAUUUGAUUGAAGGAGAAGAUCAUGUAGAAGUGAAUGGAGAAGUUUUCCAAAAGCCAUUUGUAGAAAAGCCUGUUAGUGCUGAAGACCACAAUGUAUAUAUUUAUUAUCCAACAUCUGCUGGUGGAGGAAGUCAGAGACUGUUUCGGAAGAUUGGCAGCAGAAGCAGUGUUUAUUCUCCUGAAAGCAAUGUGAGGAAAACGGGUUCAUACAUUUAUGAGGAAUUCAUGCCUACAGAUGGCACUGAUGUGAAGGUCUACACCGUAGGACCAGACUAUGCACAUGCAGAAGCUCGUAAGUCUCCUGCUCUUGAUGGAAAAGUUGAGAGGGACAGUGAAGGAAAAGAAGUCAGAUAUCCAGUCAUUCUUAAUGCAAGAGAGAAACUGAUAGCCUGGAAAGUAUGCCUCGCUUUCAAGCAAACAGUUUGUGGCUUUGAUCUGUUACGUGCAAAUGGACAAUCCUAUGUCUGUGAUGUCAAUGGGUUUAGCUUUGUGAAGAACUCUAUGAAAUAUUAUGAUGACUGUGCUAAAAUUCUUGGAAAUAUUGUAAUGCGAGAACUAGCUCCACAAUUUCAGAUCCCAUGGUCAAUACCUUUGGAAGCAGAAGAUAUUCCUAUAGUGCCAACCACAUCUGGAACAAUGAUGGAACUUAGAUGUGUCAUUGCUGUUAUACGACAUGGAGAUCGGACCCCUAAACAAAAAAUGAAAAUGGAAGUUAAACAUCAAAGGUUUUUUGAUCUUUUUGAAAAAUGCAAUGGCUACAAAUCAGGGAAACUAAAACUGAAAAAGCCAAAACAAUUGCAGGAAGUACUUGAUAUUGCAAGACAGCUCUUAAUAGAACUUGAACAAAAUAAUGACUCUGAGAUUGAAGAAAAUAAAUCUAAACUUGAACAGCUGAAAACUGUGCUAGAGAUGUAUGGCCAUUUUUCUGGUAUAAAUCGUAAAGUACAGCUAACAUAUCUUCCUCAUGGUUGUCCGAAAACAUCUAGUGAAGAAGAAGAUAACCGCAAGCAAGAGCCAUCUCUGUUGUUAGUUCUAAAAUGGGGAGGAGAACUGACACCUGCAGGUAGAGUUCAGGCAGAAGAACUAGGAAGAGCUUUUCGGUGCAUGUAUCCAGGAGGUCAAGGAGAUUAUGCUGGAUUUCCUGGAUGUGGUCUGCUUAGAUUGCAUAGUACUUAUCGGCAUGAUCUCAAAAUAUAUGCUUCUGAUGAAGGAAGAGUCCAAAUGACUGCAGCAGCUUUUGCAAAGGGACUGCUUGCUUUGGAAGGAGAGCUCACACCUAUCCUUGUCCAGAUGGUCAAAAGUGCUAAUAUGAAUGGUCUACUUGAUAGUGAUAGUGAUUCUCUUAGUAGCUGCCAACAUCGUGUGAAGGCACGCCUUAAUGAAAUACUUCAGAGAGAUAGAGACUUCACCUCUGAGGAUUUUGAAAAGCUUACACCAUCUGGCAGCAUUUCUCUAAUAAAAUCAAUGCAAAUAAUAAAAAAUCCCAUUAAGACAUGUGACAAGGUAUAUUCCUUGAUUCAGAGUUUGACGACUCAGAUCAGACAAAGGAUGGAAGAUCCUAAAUUUGCAGAUAUUCAACUUUACCACAGUGAAACAUUGGAUUUAAUGCUACGUAGAUGGGCCAAGCUUGAAAAAGACUUUAAAACAAAGAAUGGAAGAUAUGACAUUAGUAAAAUUCCAGAUAUCUAUGAUUGUAUAAAAUAUGAUGUGCAGCAUAACGUCUCCUUAAAAUUAGAAAAUACAAUGGAACUAUACAGACUGUCAAAAGCAUUGGCGGAUAUUGUGAUACCACAGGAAUAUGGUAUUACUGAAGCUGAAAAACUAGAGAUUGCUAAAGGUUACUGCAAUCCACUAUUAAGGAAAAUCCGGUCUGAUCUUCAGAGGACUCAAGAUGAUGACACCGUUAAUAAGCUCCAUCCAUUGUAUUCUAGUGGAGUUAUGUCUCCUGAACGGCACGUCCGAACUCGUCUGUACUUCACCAGUGAGAGUCACGUUCAUUCCUUGUUAUCAACUCUUCGUUAUGGUUCUUUAUGUGAUGCGUCGAAAGAUGAACAGUGGAAACGAGCUAUGGAUUAUCUCAAUGUGGUUAGUGAACUCAAUUACAUGACCCAGAUUGUUAUCAUGCUGUAUGAAGAUCCAAACAAGGAGCCUUCUUCAGAAGAACGUUUUCAUGUGGAAUUACACUUUAGUCCUGGAGCUAAAGGUUGUGAAGAAGAUAAAAAUUUGCCAUCAGGUUUUGGAUAUAGACCUGCCUCACGAGAGAAUGAUGGUUCAAGGAAAUCCUCCCUUAGAAAUGACAGCGAUGAAGAAUUGCAUACCCACCACAAAAGGGAUGAACCAGAUCGAUCUAUAAUGCUUUUCAAGCCAAUGGUUUCAGAUCCAAUUCAUAUACACAGAAAGUCACCACUUCCAAGAUCCAGGAAAAUUGGUUCAGUGGAAGAAGAGAGCCCCCUGAGUGUGUCUAGCCCAGAGUGUAUUGGUACCUGGCUGCAUUACACCAGUGGUGUGGGUACUGGGCGUCGAAGACGCAGAUCAGGGGAACAAAUCACUUCUUCCCCUGUCUCCCCUAAAUCAUUGGCUUUCACAUCCAGUAUUUUUGGCUCAUGGCAACAGGCGCAGUUUAGGAGUGUUCAUUUGGUUCCUCCAGAAAACAACAGUUACUUCCGACCACCAAGAACUAUUGUGGAGCAAAAGACUAGCACAAUAGGGUCUCACUGUGCGAGCCUGUUUAGCACCUCAGUGCUCGGGGGUUCUUCAAGUGCACCUAACCUACAGGAUUAUGCUCGUACUCAUCGUAAAAAGCUGACUUCUUCUGGCUGCAUAGAUGACACCACACGUGGUUCUGCUGUUAAAAGGUUUUCUAUCUCAUUUGCUCGACACCCAACCAAUGACCAUCCAGACCUCUUUAGGUGCUGGUCCGUUUCCUCUGAGGAGUUUCUAGGCUCCAGUGGCUUUGAAUUGUAUUCCAUGGUGCCUUCAAUCUGUCCUCUAGAAACCCUCCAUAACUCCUUGUCAUUAAAGCAGGUGGAUGAAUUUUUGGCCUCCAUUACUGCCUCUACAUCGUGUGAAAGUCUUCUGCAGGCAUCUGCAGCUUCUUUUUAUUCUCCUUUACAUGUGGAUGCCAAGUCUUCAAGAAAGGAAUCUUUGAACACAUAUACUCCUGCUAAAAUCCUGCCAACACCAGUGGAGGACUUUAUGUGCCGGCGAACUGUGGAAAAAAGUCCUUCAGGUCCCUAUGCUGCUUCAACUUCUGACAUCAGAUUGCAUCAUGAAAGCCAAACCGAUGGUUGAAAAAUAUUAGUGAAACAUGGGUGGCAGAACUCAUUCUUGCAUAAAAUAACACAAUUCAAGCAGACUGGAAGGAACUGCCAUUGCCACCUUUCACAAAGUACAUUUCUUGGCAAAAAAAAAAAAAUUGAGUUAGCUUUCAAAAGCGGUGCAUUUCUGUCUGUAAGAAUGUAUUUCUUUGUAUAUAUAAUGAUUACUGCAGUGCAUAUGUUGUAUAUAUUCAGGUUAAAGGUAAUGUCUUUGUUUCUAAAAUAUGAAAAGCAAAGAAGUUUACACCUAUAGUUUAAGUUCUCAUCUUUAAUGAACAAGCUGCACAAAACAUUUACAAUCUUUGUUGUUGUAUAAACGUGCACAAAACCAAAGCAGCCUAAGCUGGUUUGUGUUGCAGGAACCGCAGAAAGGUAACAAAGGCAGGUGAAAAAGCCACAGCUUCUUUUGGGGCCUGCAAAAUGCCUUCAGAAGUUAGGACAAGAGAAUAUUUUUCAUCACUGAGCCUUACUAAUGUAGCUCUUUUAGCCAUUAUUAAAAGCCAAAAUCCUAAAAAAUAUAAUGAAAUUAUCAGAUUAUUUGGAACAACUUUAGUUUUAUGAUAACAAGGAUAGGAAUAAGAAUAGAAAGGUGUGUGAAAAAAAGGACAAUGUGAAGAAUCUGUGAACUCUUUCCUUAUAAUGAUUCUUAAUAGAGACGGUCUGAUUUGUGGCAAACAUCAAGCAUUGGUGUGCUCAGACCACCUUUAAUUGGUAAGUGUAAGAGAGCAAUCAAAGGCCAAUGGAGUAGAAAAUAUUUUUAAAGUCCUGCAAUAACAAAGCACUGGUUUCACAGCCUUACAAUUCAGAAUGUGUGUUUCAGUCAUUAUCUUUCAGUAGUAGUCACAACUGUGAUGGGGUACAAUACUGUUUUUUGUCCGUGUUCCAUGCAGUCCCACUAACAUCCAGCUGGAGUCACUUGUGAGGUUUAGAUUUUCUACCAGACCUUAGGAUUCUAUUCUCUGCCUUGCCCUAGCUAAGAUACAGGUCCUAAAAACAUUACUCCCCCAUUGCUGUUUUGAGGCAGUUGUAGGGAGAUUUAUAUUGGGAGCCUUUCUAGUGUACUCCUGUAUUCAUGGGUCAAGAGUUAAUGAUUAAUAUCUUGCCCUAACCUGAUACGAUACCUGGAACUCUCAGUCUUGGCCUGGAAGCACCUCCUAUUUAAAUCCUUUCUCAAAGAAAACAUUUGUUGUGUGACUUUGUUUUGUUUAUUCUUGGACAUAAACAUGUCGGGAUCAGUUAUGGCUAGUAUGUCCUUGAAUUUCCAUGUUCGUUAUAUGUUUGUUUACAUCAGAACUUUUCAAAUCUACAUGGGUUAAUGGUUAUGCUUUAAUAUAUGUGUUCCUCUCUUCAAACAAUUUCCUGUUUACAUUUUUUGUAAAGGUUUUUAUCUGUUUGUUGAAAAGAUUGCUUUCUUUACAGGUAUCUGUAGAAUACUAUUUUGAGCAUACUCUGCAUGUAAGUAACAGGGCUUUAUAAAAACAGGAACAGCUGGUCUGUUAAUAGUCCAAGCUAUUGGUUUUAUAUAUUUGUAGAAGUUACUUGCAAUGUUUUCAAAUUAAAAGAAGUUGCAGCAUUACCAAAUCCAUACAAUUGAAGUUUAAUACAUAACAGUUGUGCACAAAUAAUAUAAUUAAUAUACCUGUCAUUCUCAUUUUUAAUAUCUGCUGUUAUCAGAUAAUGGUUAAAGACAUUGAAAGAUUAUCAGUCUUGAAGUUUGAACUGUGCUUUGAAAUAUACAUUCAAGUUCGCUUGUCAACAUCUAGAUAUUAGUUGCGCCAUGAAUUCUUUGUGGCCUGGUAAAUUAUUCAAUGCUUAUUAAUACAUUUAUGAAAAUUACAGUAACCAAUAUUAAUAUGACUUUUAUGAACAGCAAUAUUUUCCUGUUAAAUUGCAGGAGGCCUAGCAUAAGAGCUCUUAUAUUCAGCCAGCAUUUCUACAUGGCAGUGUGAUUGCUUAUUAAAUUUGCGAUGCCAUUGCUGUGCAUAUUUUAUACGGGGUCAUAUGAGAAAGUCUUGAAUUCAUUUAAGAUACCAAAUAUAUGAUUAGGUUCACAACCUCUCUUUGCGAAGAUUUCGUUUUUUGUAGUUUCAGUUUUGUAGAUUUGGACAUUUGUCUUGCUCAUCUCUGAAUGUAUAUGUCAUGUUUACUGUUUUUUCUAUAAGAAAAUGUUAAACUGUAUGUGUGCAUAUCAUUCCAGUCAACCAAAGUUUUGGCAUAAAAUUCUGAUAUGCUCCUAAAUUAAAAAACAAACAAACAAACAAGA